AUGAGCAAUUUUGUCGAUUAUUACACAAUUCUUAAAGUGAGUCCAAAAGCAACUCAAGAAGAAAUCCGCCAAGCCUAUAAAAAGGAAGCGUUGAUAAGUCAUCCAGACAGACUACCAGAAGACGCAUCAGAAGAGGACCGACGAGAGGCCACAAGACAAUUCCAACUGAUAGCAGACGCAUAUCAUACACUGGGCGAUAAAUCAAGAAGAGCAGCCUAUGAUCGGGCCAGAGCAAGUCACGGCUCCACACCCUUUGCCACACAUGCAACUCCCACGGCUUCCUCAGAAACAGCACACAAUAUGUUCAGCAGUGCAUUUGAAGAGUUAUUAAAAGACGAAGUGGAACAUCCUACCUAUAUGUGGCGCAUGCUAGGUGCUGGAGCAGGAUUGGUUAUUGGGUUUAUUCUGGCCAAUUUUGGUGGAGCUUUGAUGGGUGCUGUGGCUGGAAAGACAUUAGGACAGAUCAGAGAUCGUAAAGGUGUCUCUGUCUAUACUGCCUUUGAACGCCUCGAGGCUUCCGAAAAGAAAAAGAUCCUAUCGGCUCUUUUGACUCAGUUCCUCACUCAAGGUGCUGUUGGAUCCAUGAAAUAA